AUGACUCGACCGGUUUGUUGGCUCCAGCUCUUGUGGCUGCCGUGCCUUCGGGCCGCCUGGGUCACGCUGGGCGACCUCCAAGGUGAUCUGGAGCUUGACCAGGAGAAGGAGGAGUCAAGGGAUGAAGCCGCGCGCCAGUUGACCUCCCGAGAAAACGUCACCUCCGGUAGGGGCGAGAUCCAUGAGCAUCGCAGUGCCCAAGCGGUCCGAAGCGAGGAUCACCUCAGCCAGCUGGUAGCGAAUGCCCAGGCCGUCUCUGACAAGGCCAUGGCAAACUUUUCCGUCGCGGACCUCAGCCGGCCCGACGGCCACCAGAGCGGCUCGCUCUUUCAGGGCCUGUCGAAGGAUCUCCAGGGCCAGACGACCGUGAUCAUGUACGACAUGGGCGAGGGCACGGGCACGGAUCCCAACGCGCCCAAGGAGAUGACCCCGGAGGAGAAAGAGGAGGUCAACAAGGCCUCUGGUGGCAAAAGCAACGGCAUCCUCUCCAAGGCCUGGGAGACGGCCCGCCACAUCCGCGGCAACAGCGGCAACGUGGUGGCCAGCGUCGUCAGCGUCGUGGAUCCGGAGAACUGCUUGACCAAGCUCCUCUACUUGCUGUACAGAUUCGAGGGGGAGGACGACUACCCCUACUUCCCGCGCAAGCUCGGGGCCUGCGACAUCGGCUUCAACUUCGAGACGGGUAGCGCACCGCCGCAGAAUGUCCUGGCAUGGGGCAACGUCCUUGGCGCCUGCGGCCGAGCGUUGGCCUGGCAAGAGGCUUUGCGCCUGUUGGGGGAGAUGCCUGAACACCAGGUGGCGCCCAAUGUCGUGUGUUACAACGCCGCCCUGAGCGCAUGCGAGCGCAGUCGCAACUGGACGCUGGCCCUGGACCUUUACAGCGCGCUCCAAAGGGAGCACUUGAGUCCUACGAUCGCCACCGAGACGGCGGCGCUGGCGGCCCUGGCGCAGGGGCUGCAGUGGGAGGCGGCCGUGAUGCAUUUCGACAAGAUGCGGGAGGAAGGCAGGCAUCGGCCCAACGUGAUCACCUACACCGCCACCAUCCGGGCCUCGGAAAUGGGCCGCUCCUGGCGGCACGUGCUGCGUCUGCUGAAGGACAUGCCAGGCGCCACUGUGACGCCAGACACCAUCGUCAUGACUUCCUGCAUCGGCGCCUGCUACAAGUCCGAGUUGUGGGCAGAGGCAGUCCAGCUCUUCGACAGCUUGCCGGCCAGAGCUCUGGCUGCUGAUGUGUUCUGCUUCAACAAUGCCAUUUCCGCUUGGGCGUCCGCGGGGCACUGGACGCAAGCGCUUGCUCUCCUGGAUCGUUUGAGGCUGUCAAAGCUACAGCCCGUUUCGGACACCGUGGCCUCUUGCAGCCCAAUGGGAAGCAGCGCUGCUUCUGGUGAAGGACAUGGGCAAAGAGGUUGGAGGCAGGAGGGGCAACGAGGAGGCUCACACCGAUGCCGUGGUGUUCACUGA